UUUUCUUGGAUUUCAUUGGCAUCUACAGUUUCCCUAAAAGAGAAGGGGGCCGCUGGGAGAACCAUGGCCGUCCGCCUGCCGCCAUGCUGCCCCGUUUGCCCCAGCGCCUAUGCCGGCUGCGGCCCCACAAUCCUCCCACCCGGCCCCUCGCCGCGGCAGCUGGGCAGCGGUCUGGCCCCAGUAACUACUAUGAACUGUUGGGGGUGCAUCCUGGUGCCAGUGCUGAAGAAGUUAAACGAGCUUUCUUCUCUAAGUCCAAAGAGCUGCACCCUGACCGGGAUCCUGGGAACCCGACCCUGCACAGCCGCUUUGUGGAGCUGAGUGAGGCAUACCAGGUGCUCAGCCGAGAGCAGAGCCGCCGCUCCUAUGACCAGCAGCUCCGCUCAGCGACGCCCCCCAGGGCUCCAACUACCAGCACCCAGCCCAGGCCUGCCCAUCAGACACACAGCAGCUCCUGGGAACCCCCCGAUGCCCGAUACUGGGCCCAGUUCCACGGCGUGAGGCCUCAGGGGCCAGAGCUGAGGCAGCAGCAGCACAAGCACAACCUGCGGGUGCUGGGGUACUGCCUCCUGAUCAUGCUGGCGGGCAUGGGCCUGCACUAUGUUGCCUUCAGGAAGCUAGAGCAGAUGCACCGCAGCUUCAUGGAUGAAAAGGAUCGGAUCAUCACGGCCAUCUACAAUGAAACCCGGGCGCGAGCCAGGGCCAACAGAGCCAGGCUCAAGCAGGAGCAAAGCCAGAGGCAGCAGCCUCAGCCAUCACCCUCAUCUGCCCCAGAUCCUGGAAUCCUGCCCCCAGGCAAUAGCCCCUAAGGGGUUCACCUGCGUGGGGCCUGCCCCUGACUCCUUGAUUCCCAGCCAGGUACUUCCCUCUCUCCAAAACUUGUGCAAUAAAGUGAUU